CUCACACAUACAGACACACACACAACACAAACUCGUUGGUUGUUUUGGUCUGGUUCGGGCAGUGUGAAUGUGUCAACAGGACAGUUUUUGUUUAUGGGUCUAAACUCGCAGGUGAAGUUGGCGUUAAUUCUCGUUUGUUUAAGCGCUGUGUGUGUGCUGUGAGGUUCUGGUUCUGAUGAUCCGGUUGGGUUUACUGAGAGCGCUCGUGAACCGUCACAAGCACCGAUGUUUCUUCGGAACACACAGACGCAGAGUGACCCCGGAACAGCUGAACUCUCCGAACCGAGCCCGAGAGCUCGUGUGCCGCAUGAGUCCGGCGGAGAGGAGCUGCUUACUGAAGGAACUGCAGAACAUUCAGUCCAACACUGAAGUUUUCGAGUCUGAUGAUUCGUCUCCACCGACUGCGGCCCAUCUCAGAUACAUUCUCCUGCAAAAUGCACUUCCGUUCGUCGGCUUUGGCUUCCUGGAUAAUGCCAUCAUGAUCGCUGCUGGAACUCAGAUAGAACUAUCCAUUGGAAUAACGUUUGGAAUAUCCACCAUGGCAGCUGCAGCUCUGGGGAAUCUGGUGUCAGAUCUGGCUGGACUCGGUUUAGCAGGUUAUGUGGAGGCUCUGGCCGUGCGGUUCGGGAUGCAGAUUCCUGGUCUGACAGCGAAACAGCUGGACAUGUGGCAGACCAAAGUGACAUCACACUCGGGUAAAGCUAUUGGAGUCACUAUCGGAUGCAUUCUGGGAAUGUUUCCUCUGCUCUUCUUAAGUGAUGAUGAAGAAGAGGAGCAGAAGACGAAGAAUCAGCCAAACUAAGACUGACAGAUCUUCUCUAUGUGUGACACGACACUGUAUUUUUUGCAUUACUUACAGCACCUAAAAUACAAACAUUCACUUGCACAUGUACAAAUCUUGAUUAGGAAGUUUAAACGUUUAAAUGUCA